AAAGCCGUGGAAACAAAGAGAGGAACUGUGUGUAGCCCUAGGCCAGACGCCCCAACCGAACAGUUCUCUGUGGCCCAUCAAAGGAUGAUGCGAUGUCCGUCACACUCCACCUGAAGUCCUGCCCUCUCUCUGCCAUAAGGAGUUUGAUUCUACAAAAGAAACUCAACAUCAGAAACAUGUCCAGCACAGUUGGGGGGCUCCGACCAGCCAGUGUGGUGGUCCUGCCCAGAUCCCUCGCCCCGGCCUUCGAAAAGCUCUGUCAGGCCAACAGUGGCCCCCUGCCCUUGCUGGGCCGAAGCGAGCCGGGCAAGUGGACAUUGCCUGCCCUGGGCGCUGUCUCAGACGCCAGGGUGGACUGCCCCCAGUUCCGCAAGUACGAGUUUGGUGCCUGCACGGGGAGCCUGACCUCGCUGGAAGAGUACUCGGAGCAGCUGAAGGACAUGGUGACCUUCUUCCUGGGCUGCAGCUCCUCCCUGGAAGGGGCCUUGGAGAAAGUGGGGCUCCCCAGAAGAGACCUAGUGGGCCACAGCCACAUGGGUGCAUACAAGACAACAGUGCCUUGCGCCACCAUCGCUGGCUUUGGCUGCCCUCUGGUGGUCACCAUGAGGCCCGUCCCCAAGGACAAGCUGGAAAGGCUGGUGCAGGCCAGCUGCUCCGUGAUGGGUGAGCAAGGACGACCCAUUCACAUCGGCGACCCAGAACUGCUGGGGAUCAAAGAUCUCUCCAAACCGGACUACGGGGAUCCUGUGCCGUGUCAGCCGGGGGACGUCCCGGUGUUCUGGCCUUCUCAGCUGACCAGUCUCGAAGCUGUCAGCGGCUACAAGACCCCCCUGGCUUUCACCAGUGCCCCGGGUUGCACGGUUUUGACUGACCUGAAGGAUUUGGAGGCUCCAGCCCCUCGCCUCACCCCUGAGGGAACCCCAGAGGUCCAUCCCAUUUCCCAAGACCCCCUGCACUACAGCAUCACGUCAGCUUCAGCCGUGCAGAAGAUCAGAGAGCUAGAGGCUAUAAUUGCCGUGGACCCAGGCAACAGGGGGAUCGGGCACCUGCUCCGCAAAGAUGAGCUGCUGAGGGCCUCUCUGUCGCUGUCCCACGCCUACUCAGUGCUCAUCACCACUGGGUUCCCCACGCAUUUCAACCACGAGCCUCCGGAAGAGACGGACGGCCCACCAGGAGCCAUUGCUCUGGCCGCCUUCCUGCAGGCCUUGGAGAAAGGCGUCUCCCUGAUCGUUGACCAGAGAGCCUUGAGUUUGUUCAAGAAGCUUGUUGCAGAAGCUGUUGAGCAAGGUGUCCUGAAGACCCCGAUCCCGAUACUGACUUACCAAGAGGGGCCAGCAGGAGCUGCUCAGGCAUUUCUCUGCAAUGAGAGGGACCCCAAGUCUCCUAGGUUCGACCACCUGGUGGCGAUAGAGCGCGCAGGGAGGGCUGCCGACGGCAAUUACUACAAUGCGAGGAAAAUGAACAUCAAGCAUUUGGUUGACCCCAUAGACGAUCUUUUCCUUGCGGCACAGAAAAUCCCUGGAAUCUCAUCAACUGGUGUCGGUGAUGGAGGCAAUGAGCUUGGGAUGGGCAAGGUCAAGGAGGCCGUGAAGAGCCACAUACGAAACGGGGAUGUCAUCGCCUGUGACGUGGAGGCUGACUUUGCUGUCAUCGCCGGUGUCUCUAACUGGGGAGGCUAUGCCUUGGCCUGUGCUCUGUACAUCCUGAACUCGUGCGAGGUCCAUGGACGUUACCUGAGGAAGGCAACUGGGCCCUCCAGAGCACCUGGGGAACAGAACUGGACUGAGGCACUCCCAUCCAUCAGCAAGGAAGAAAAAAUGUUGAGCAUCCUGGUGCAGCACAGAGUCCGGAGUGGCGUCUCAGGCAACGUGGGCAUGGAGGUGGACGGGCUGCCCUUCCACGGCACCCACGCCGAGAUGAUCCAGAAGCUGCUGGACGUCACCACGGUGCGCGUGUGACCACACAAGUCACAUGCGUGUGGACUUCUUCAGGCCACACACGUGGUCUGCUCUGAGAGCCUCCUGACCAGUCACUUCCUGCGACACCAGUGACCAAUCAAGUACCAGGCAGACCAAGAAGGAGUCAUCCCCAGGGCCCUAACAACCUCCCUGGUAAUUAUGAAAUAGUAAAAUGCACAAAUGUGAUGUGUAUAUUUCUGAAACUCUGGGACUUUACUAAAGGUUUACUCACCACCACAA